GGCGGCCCUGCCCGGGGCGGUGGCGGGGCUGUGGGGCCCUGGAGCCCGCUGUCCCGUCCCGCCCCGCCCCGCCGACAUGGCUGCGCUGCCGCUGCCCGCCCGGGGGGACCGGCGGAUCGGGGCGCUGAGCACACCGGACCCGGAGCCGGGGGAGCCGGAGCGUAAGCGAGCAUGCAAGCGGCUAGAAACCAUCCCCAGUGAGGCUGAGACUCAUCUGCUUGGUUAUGCCAUGGAGCUGGAUUCCAAACAGAAAAUCUCCUCUGACUGUGGUCCUUGGGCUACAAAGGCAAAGCAGAAUUCAAUGGUUUUUGAAAACCAUGGAAGCAGAGGUACUGCUCAGCCUUGCCCAAGAUGUAUUGCUGGAGAAUCUGGACACUUCAAUCAUAUCCUGAGCUUCUAGAAGUGGCAAGAGAGAAGAUCGGCAGUGCUGCUAUUCAGUUUGAGUUCUGAAGCUAGACCUGGCAAUCUGUGCAGCUGGAUAUCUGUACCCUCACUCGAAGCAUGGACUUGUGUGGACAUGUGUGUGUCAUUCAGCAUACAGCACUUCCCUGUGUGCGUUGCUCUUUCAGUGCACAGUUAUGGGUAUCAUUGUUUUUUACACUUGAACAAUGCUUCUGCUUUUAAGGUAGUCGCUAUCUUUUUUAAAUAAGAAAAUAAGGUUGAUUUAGUUUUAGAUCAGUUGGGUUGAUCUGGCCUUUGGAGCAGUUUUCUCCUGGGUCAGGGGUCAUGAUCCAAGAUUUUCCUGUCUCUUUUGGGCACUUUUCCUGAUGUGCUUGGAAAACAGUCCUUGCAUUUACAUCCAUACAGGCAUGUAUACAUUACAUAGCUCAGCCCUGUAUGUGCAGGUAGAAAUGUCUUCAUCCUUAGAUGACUGUUCUGCUUUGCAGCUGUGAAAGCCAGUAAAAAUCCUAUUGAAAUUUAAGUUUAUCUCCAAAUUACACAUCCAGUUCAGGUAUCUUAUAUACUGUACUUGUAGCUUGUUUAUAACAAGCAGAGUGGGUGAAUGUGGCAGUUAAGUAUCCAACAGGAAAAGGAAUAUUAUUUGGACUACCUUCUAUAGGAUGAGUAGUAGAUGAGCUCCGUGGAGUCCUCACAAAGCUGUUAAGAUACAAUUGACACUGCCUGACUCUGUCUUUCCAGUUACUGUGAUAUUAGAACAAAUCUGUUCAGAAAGCCUUGAACUUGUCAUUCAACAUCCUUGUGUUGGCUUGUCACAGGUAAUUUCACCUAUGUUUUGCCAGUGCAUAGAGCUAUAUAAUUUUAUAUAGGAUCAGACUUUUAGACUCAAAAGAUAGGCAAGCUGUGCUGUUUGAGUGUGACACUUCAGUGCCUGCUCUGGUCUAGGCAGAAGGGUCAUAGAAUCACAGACUGGUUUGGUUGGAAGGGAGCUUAAAGCUCAUCCAGUUCAGAAUGGGCUCCAAAAAGAGGUGUUGAAACAGAUUGGCUCAGUGGAAGAUUCCUCCUUAGGAGAGAUUUCUGUGAAAACCCUUCUAUAUCUUUUUAUUCCUUCAGAACUGAGAAGUGUUUUAAUUUUUGCAUCCCAAACAUUUCAGCAUCCAGGGUAAUCUGCAAAAGCACUGCCCUGGGUCAGAUGGGAACACCGAGCUCAGUAGGUCAAGUGACCAGUUUUUGGCAGGCCCAGGGAAGAGUCCAAGAAGCAGAGCAAGCAUUGAAGGAAAGACUUGGUACAAAUACAAAGCCAGUAUUUUCUAUCAGGUUGUGUUAUGGGCAUCCUUUCUUGCCUCACAGCCAAGCCUCAAACAUCAAAUAUCUCAGGAAUGAUGAAAACAUCAGUAUUUUCCAACAGUAUUUUUGUCCUUUGCUGUGAUCUGUUGCUAUGAUGUAUGUUUGUUAGCAAGGGAACAUUAAACUUACCAAUGCUUAGCAA